AUGAAGUUCUUACCCACCCUUAUUAUCUUUGGUCUUUCCGCCCAGGCUCUUGGGAGCUCAUAUGUCGAUUACCACACUACUAAAGACCGGCGUGAUAUUCAUAUAUACGAGCUCGUUAUCAGUGGCGGUGAUCCCUCAUACCUUCUCGCUGACUUUGAGAGGAUUAUGCACACUAUUAAUCAAGGGAUUCCGAUCAUAAGAAGUCAGCCUUCCCUUGACGAUAAUGAGACCGGUCUGUUUAUUCACUAUGUUCAGAUAAAGUUCGAGGAUCCGAUUCGAUGGGCUAUCGAGGCUCUUAUCAAGAAAAGGGAUUCUCUUGUUACUGCCGGCUUUGGUUCUCCUAUUCUACAAAGUCUUCAGCGACUGGAGGUAGCUUUUGAAGAUCUCCGUGACACGGUCUCCGAGCAGAUUGUCCGAGAAAGAAUCAAUUUUUUUAAUGCGGUCUUUAAUGAGGUGGUCAUCUUGGUCCUUCAGAGAGGUAUCACUGCCUUCGCUGGCCCUAUUCCUACUAGCACUGGUGUCUCCACAGCCUCUACGACUAUUGCUCCCCCUACUUUUACUGGUGCUACUAGUAUUAACUAG